AUGGCUCAUCAACUGGCGGGAACCGACGACAUAGAAUCUCUGAGAAUCGAAUUGGCUGAGAUUGGAAGAAGCAUGAGAUCUUCAUUUCGACGCCACACUUCGAGUUUCAGAAGCAAUUCAUUAACGCUGAAUUCCACGAGGGAUGAGGAAAUCAAUGAUGAUGAGCUUUAUUUACAGUGGGCGGCAAUCGAGAGAUUGCCCACUUUUGAAAGGUUGAGGUCGUCCUUGUUCGAUGAUUUCGGAGAAGGAGAAGAAGGAGAAGAAGGAGAAGGAAGAGAACAAGUUAAGGGGAAACGGGUGGUUGAUGUCACCAAGCUUGGAGCUCUUGAAAGGCAGGUUUUCAUAGAGAAGCUCAUCAAACACAUUCAGAAUGAUAACCUUCGCUUGUUGCAGAAACUAAGAAGAAGGAUAGACAGAGUUAGCGUGAAACUGCCCACUGUGGAAGUGAGAUAUGAGAAUCUGUGUGUGGAAGUUCUGUGUAAAGUUGUUCAUGGAAAGCCCCUUCCAACUCUGUGGAACUAUUGCAAAAGCUUGCUUUCUGAUUUGGCCAAGCUUUUGGGUUCAAAUUCUCAAGAAGCCAAGAUAAGCAUCCUCAAAGAUGUUAGUGGCAUCAUCAAGCCUGGAAGGUUGACUCUAUUGCUUGGCCCUCCAGGCUGUGGGAAAACCACCUUGUUGUUAGCGCUUUCCAGGAAACUAGACCAGUCUCUCAAGGUUACAGGAGAAAUUACUUACAAUGGUUACAGACUAGAAGAAUUUGUUCCUUGGAAAACAUCAGCUUAUAUAAGCCAAUAUGACCUGCACAUUCCUGAGAUGACUGUAAGAGAAACUCUUGAUUUCUCUGCUUGUUGCCAGGGUGUUGGAAGCCGGCCAGAGAUUAUGAGGGAGGUCAGUAGAAGGGAGAAGCAAGCCGGCAUUUAUCCGGAUCCAGAUAUAGAUACUUACAUGAAGGCAAUUUCUGUUGAAGGGCUAGAGAAAACACUUCAAACAGACUACAUCUUAAAGAUCCUUGGACUAGAUAUCUGUGCUGAUACAAUGGUUGGAGAUGCCAUGAGAAGAGGCAUUUCAGGUGGUCAAAAGAAGAGAUUAACUACAGGGGAGAUGAUUGUAGGACCAACCAAAGCUCUGUUUAUGGAUGAAAUAUCAACAGGUUUAGACAGUUCCACUACUUUCCAGAUUGUUGCUUGUCUUCAACAUCUGGUGCAAAUCACAGAUGCUACGGCAUUGAUUUCACUUCUUCAGCCAGCACCAGAGACCUACAAUCUCUUUGAUGACAUUGUCCUGAUGGCUGAAGGGAAAAUUGUGUACAAUGGCCCAUGUGAUCAUGUUCUCGAAUUCUUUGAAGAUUGUGGGUUUAGAUGUCCAGAAAGAAAAGGGACUGCUGACUUUCUCCAAGAGGUUCUCUCUAGAAAGGAUCAAGAACAAUAUUGGCACCGUACAGAUAAGCCCUACAAUUAUGUUUCUGUCAAUCAAUUCUCUAGUAAAUUCAAGGAAUUUCAUAUUGGGCAGAAGCUAGAUGAGGAGCUUUCAAAGCCGUAUGAUAAGUCCCAGAGCCACCAGGAUGCUUUAUCCUUUAGUGUAUAUUCUCUACCUAAAUGGGAGCUUUUCAGAGCAUGCAUGGCAAGGGAGUUUCUACUCAUGAGGAGGAAUUCUUUUGUCUAUGUAUUCAAAUCCACUCAGCUUUUUGUCAUUGCAUCUAUCACAAUGACUGUUUUUCUGCGGAGUCGGAUGGGUGUUGAUGUGGCCCAUGCGAAUUAUUAUAUGGGUUCUUUAUUUUAUGCACUUGUCAUACUUACCACUGAUGGAUUUCCAGAGUUAUCCUUGACAGUUUCAAGACUUGCUGUGUUCUACAAACAGAGAGAGAUGUAUUUUUAUCCAGCUUGGGCUUACUCCAUCCCAACUGCUGUUCUAAAGAUUCCACUUUCGUUGGUGGAAUCAUUUGUUUGGACAACUCUUACCUACUAUGUCAUUGGGUACAGUCCUGAAUUUGGAAGGUACAUCCGCCAGUUCUUUCUACUUUUUUCUGUGCAUCAAAUGUCAACAUCUUUGUUCCGUUUUAUUGCCUCAAUCUUCCAGACUGUGCCCACUGCUUUGACAGCUGGUCUCCUUUGUUUACUUUUCCUUUUCUUAUUUGGUGGCUUCAUUAUCCCACAACCCUCUAUGCCAGUUUGGUUGAAAUGGGGAUUCUGGGUUUCCCCAUUGACAUAUGGAGAGAUAGGUCUAACUGUGAAUGAAUUUCUUGCUCCACGGUGGCAAAAGAUGUCAUCAAGCACAAACACCACAAUAGGGAGACAAAUACUUGAAAGCCGUGGACUAAACUUUGAUGGCUACUUUUAUUGGAUAUCACUCGGUGCCUUAUUGGGAUUUGCAGUGCUUUUCAACAUUGAAUUCACCUUGGCCUUGAAGUCUUUAAAGCCUUUUGGGAUCUCUAGUGCUAUUAUUUCACACGAAAAGCUCUCUCAAAUACAAGGAAGAGAAAAUAACAGCAAUGGUGCAUAUUCAGAGGAGAAUCUCACUGAUAUCUCUUUACAAACCACUGCAGAACCCAAGAAAGGAAAGAUGAUUUUACCUUUUGAGCCCCUAACAGUGGUAUUUAAGGAUGUGCAGUAUUACAUUGACACUCCUCUGGAAAUGAGAGAACGGGGUUUUUCACAGAAAAAGCUUCAACUUCUUCGUGACAUUACAGGUGCAUUUAGACCUGGUGUUCUUACAGCCUUGAUGGGAGUUACUGGAGGUGGGAAGACAACUCUCUUGGAUGUCCUUUCUGGAAGAAAAACUGGUGGUACCAUUGAAGGAGAAAUUAGAAUUGGUGGGUAUCCUAAGGUCCAAGAGACAUUUGCUAGGGUAUCAGGUUACUGUGAGCAGAUGGACGUACAUUCUCCACAAAUCACUGUAGAAGAAUCAGUGAUAUAUUCUGCUUGGCUGAGGCUUCCACCUCAAAUUGAUUCAAAUACUAAAUCUGAGUUCGUACAAGAAGUUCUUGAAACAAUUGAGCUUGAUGGAAUUAAAGAUGCUCUACUAGGAAUGCCUGCCAUCAGUGGUUUAUCAACUGAGCAACGUAAACGGCUUACAAUAUCUGUGGAGCUUGUUUCCAAUCCAUCUAUUAUUUUCAUGGAUGAACCCACAUCAGGUUUAGAUGCAAGAGCAGCUGCGGUUGUCAUGCGGGCAGUGAAGAAUGUGGUUGAUACAGGAAGAACAGUUGUUUGCACAAUCCACCAACCAAGUAUUGAUAUCUUUGAAGCUUUUGAUGAGCUGAUUUUAAUGAAAACUGGAGGAAGGAUUGUCUAUUCUGGACCAUUGGGUCAGCAUUCAAGCAGGGUUAUUGAAUAUUUUCAGGGUAUCUCUGGGGUGCCAAAGAUCAAAGACAACUACAAUCCAGCAACAUGGAUGUUAGAAAUCACUUCUAUAUCUGUUGAAGCAGAGCUUGGUGUAGAUUUUGCUCAACUUUACAGAGAGUCCACCUUUUAUGAGUGUCCUGGUUUAAAGGAGUUACAUUUCUCAACCCGUUUUGCACAGAAUGGUUGGGAACAGUUCAAAGCUUGUUUGUGGAAACAACACUGGUCCUAUUGGAGAAACCCUACAUACAACUUGAUGCGCCUAUUGUAUGCAUUUAUCUCAUCCAUUCUGCUUGGCUUGGUCUAUUGGCAACAUGGAAAGAAGAUAAACAACCAACAGGAUUUGUUCAAUUUGCUUGGUGCGAUGUUCACUGCUGUGAUCUUCUUGGGUAUAAACAACUGCUCAUCAGUUUUACCUUCUGUUGCGAUAGAGCGCACUGUCAUGUACAGAGAAAGAUAUGCAGGAAUGUACUCUUCAACGGCCUACUCAUUAGCACAGAUGGCAAUUGAACUUCCCUACAUAUUCAUCCAAACACUCGUGUUUGUGGUCAUCACAUACCCGAUGAUUGGUUACUAUGGUUCGGCUUAUAAGAUUUUCUGGUUCUUCUAUACCAUAUUUUGGACGAUACUCUGCUUCAAUUACAUAGGAAUGCUUCUUGUGGCAGUGACCCCAAAUGUUCAGGUGGCUGCUAUAUCGACGUCUCUCUUCUACACCAUGCUCUUUCUGUUUGCUGGGUUUGUGAUACCCAAACAGCAAAUUCCAAAGUGGUGGAUUUGGAUGUAUUACCUGUGUCCCACAUCUUGGACAAUAAACGGUCUUCUCACUUCACAGUAUGGUGAUAUAAACAAGGAGAUUCUAGUAUCUUCUGGUGAAACCAAAACGAUUGCUGCUUUCUUAAGAGACUAUUUCGGGUUUGACCAUGAUAAUUUGGGCAUCGUAGCUGUUAUUCUUAUUGUCCUCCCCCUCUUCUUUGCAUCCCUUUUUGCUCAUUUUACAGGGAAACUAAACUUUCAGAGGCGAUGAAUAAGAAUCUGAAGGAUCCAUGUCAACUAGCUUAUCCACCCAAUAGAAUACAAUUGUGGUUUGUUUAUUGAGACAUGUUUAACAUGUUAAAUUCAGCCUUCUAACCAUUUUAAUUGGUUUUUUACCGUAAUGUUUCGAUUUCCUUUUGGUUUCUCCUCUAUGGUCAGUUGCUCAUAGCAUUAAGAAGGCUGAAUUCAAGAUUCAAGUGUCUAACAGGCUUUGUGGUGAAGCUUCUUUUAAGUUUCUGUUUGGGAGGGCUGAAGUGCAGCAGCUUCUAACUUUCUGAGGUGGGUUCUACACCGACAGCCUAUAAGCUAUGUUUGAUGAAAGAUACGGAGAGUCCAAAUCUUCUGUUAAUCAGUUAUUUAGUGUCUGCUUCAAUUUCUUUGAAUAGCUUAUUUGAAGUGCUUAAGAGAGCAACUGAACCAGCUUAGUGGAAUUUUCAGCUCAUGAUCAUUGAAAGCAGCUCAAUCAAAGCUUUGGCCUUCCAAACGGGCACUAAUAUUUCAACUAUUUUGAGAGAAACCGAGAAAGCAUUAAAUAGCUGGUGUUGUUCUUUGUUGGGUCUGACUAUUUUGGAAUUUUAGA